AUGUCGGAUACUACUUGGAAACAAAACUUGAACCUUCCACCAAAGGACACUAGACCACAAACUGAAGAUGUUUUAAAUACUAAAGGUAAAUCAUUUGAAGAUUUCAACUUAAAAAGAGAAUUACUAAUGGGAAUAUUUGAAGCUGGUUUUGAAAAGCCAUCUCCUAUUCAAGAAGAAUCCAUCCCAAUGGCUUUGGCAGGUAGAGAUAUACUUGCAAGAGCUAAAAAUGGAACAGGUAAAACCGCGUCAUUUAUCAUUCCUUGUUUACAAUUAGUCAAACCUAAAUUAAAUAAAGUACAAGCAUUAAUAUUAGUUCCAACUAGAGAAUUAGCUUUACAAACUUCGCAGGUGGUUAGAACAUUAGGAAAACAUUUAGGUGUUCAAUGUAUGGUUACCACUGGUGGUACUUCAUUGAGAGAUGAUAUAGUUAGAUUACAUGACCCAGUUCAUAUAUUAGUCGGUACUCCAGGUAGAGUGUUGGAUUUAGCCGCCAGAAAAGUUGUUGAUUUAUCUGAAUGUCCACUUUUUGUCAUGGAUGAAGCCGAUAAAAUGUUGUCUAGAGAAUUUAAAGGAAUUAUUGAACAAAUUUUGGAAUUUUUCCCAGCCAAUAGACAAGCAUUGUUAUUCUCAGCCACUUUCCCCCUUGCAGUCAAGUCAUUUAUGGAUCAACAUUUAAACAAACCAUAUGAAAUCAAUUUGAUGGAUGAAUUGACUUUGAAAGGUAUUUCCCAAUUUUAUGCUUUUGUUGAAGAAAAACAAAAAUUGCAUUGUUUAAACACUUUGUUUAGCAAGUUGCAAAUCAAUCAAUCGAUUAUUUUCUGUAAUUCCACCAAUAGAGUUGAAUUGUUGGCUAAGAAGAUUACAGAAUUGGGAUAUUCAUGUUAUUAUUCCCAUGCCAAGAUGCCACAACAAGCCAGAAAUAAAGUUUUCCAUGAAUUUAGACAAGGUAAGGUUAGAAAUUUAGUUUGUUCCGAUUUAUUGACUAGAGGUAUUGAUAUUCAAGCAGUUAACGUUGUUAUUAAUUUUGAUUUCCCAAAGACUGCGGAAACUUAUUUGCACAGAAUUGGUCGUUCUGGUAGAUUUGGUCAUUUAGGUUUGGCUAUUAAUUUAAUGAGUUGGAAUGAUAGAUAUUCAUUGUACAAGAUUGAGCAAGAAUUGGGUACUGAAAUCAAACCAAUUCCUGCAACUAUUGAUAAAGCAUUGUAUGUUGCAGAAAAUGCCGAUGCUGUUCCAAGACCAUUUAGAAUUGAUGAGUUGCCAAAGGGUAAUGCAACUGUUCAUAACAGAGGUUAUGAAUAUAAAGGUCAACCAGAAGUUAAACCAGUUGAAAAUGGUAAAUCUGAAAGACAAGUACAACAAUCAGGAUCACCAGCAAAUGGAGUUCCUCCUGCUCAACAACAACAACAACAAGUUCCACCUCCUCAGCAACAACAACAACAACAACAACAACAAUAUCAGCCAAAUUAUCAAAUGCCACCCCAUCCACAACAAUUUGGUCAACCAGGUAUGAUGCCUCCACAACAAUUUAAUGGAUACCCGCCAUUCCAGCAAUACCCACCACAAUUUGGAGGUUACCCUGGACAAUCCCCACAACAAAUUGCACCUCAACAACAACAACAGCAACCACAACAACCACAAUCUGCCCGUCCUACUCAACAAUAUUAG